UCGCCUCUACCUGCAGCCGGUGGGCGCCGCCAAUUAUUCACCAACUUCUUCAUCAGCGCGUCAGCUCAGAGCGCGGUGAGAGCGCUCCGCAUCUGACUGCGCUGGGGCAUUUUCAUACCUUCAUCUGCGCUUCUUUACUUCUCCUGCCUGCACAACAGUUUAACUGUGACAGAACCCCCGAAAGAGAAGCGAGAUUCUGCAGCUUAAUGUUGGAUAUUUUCCUGGCGCAGUAACUCUUGAGUGUAUUCCUCAUUAGACCACCUUGAAACCAUGUAAGUGCGCGGCGACAGACACAGCACGGCGAUAAUGAAGAGGUUAACCACACCUUUGAGAGCGGACAUCACUUCUCUAGCCACUUGACCGACUUUGUUGCGCAUUAAGAUGCGCCCGACUGAAGAGGAGGUGGACUUUUGCGCACUCCUUGGCGGACACUUCCCAGAGAGCGUUGACUGAUCCGCGCCGUCAGAGAAAAAAACAAUUGGACCUCCUAUGAUUUUAAGAAACAAUCCCACUCGGUGUUGGCUGAGGUCGUUACAUUGAAGUUUGUUGAAGGGGGAGAAAAAAAAAAUCUCCGUGUGGAAUUGCAGCGAUCAACAUGACGGCUCGUCUCUCACGGAUCCAGCUGGCCCUGUUCUUUAUUUUGCUCUGUCCGGUCAACAUCAUCGGACUGUGGUGGGCAGUGGGAAGCCCUUUGGUCAUGGACCCCAACAGCAUAUGCAGGAAAGCGAAGCGCCUGGCAGGGAAGCAGGCUGAGUUGUGCCAGACUCAACCAGAAAUCGUCAGCGAGGUGGCCAAAGGAGCGAGGCUGGGUGUCAGAGAAUGCCAGUACCAGUUCAGGUACCGCAGGUGGAAUUGCACAAGCCACAACAAAUACUUUGGCAAAGUACUACAGCAAGAUAUCCGGGAGACAGCAUUUGUCUAUGCCAUCACAGCAGCAGGGGUGACACACGCCGUGACCCAAGCCUGCAGCAUGGGAGAACUCCUUCAAUGUGGAUGUGAAGCGACCAGAAACAAAGCUCCUCCAAGGCCGCCUUCAUCUUCCUCAUCUGGGGACGGGGUUAAAUGGGAGUGGGGCGGUUGUGGCGAUGAUGUCGAGUUUGGUUAUGAAAUGUCCAAAAAGUUUAUGGAUGCCAAGAGGAGGAGAGGGAAAAGUGAUAUCAGGACUCUCAUUAACCUUCACAACAAUGAGGCUGGGAGGCUGGCCGUGAAACUCCACAUGCGGACUGAAUGCAAGUGCCACGGACUGUCAGGCUCAUGCACCUUGCGCACGUGCUGGAAAAAGAUGCCUCAUUUCCGUGAAGUGGGCGACCGCCUGCUGGAUCGCUUCAACGGUGCUUCCAAGGUGAUGGGUGGCAACGAUGGGAAGACCCUGAUACCCGUCGGCCAGAACAUAAAGCCUCCAGACAAGCAGGAUUUGAUAUACUCUGAUGAGUCUCCAGACUUUUGCCUUGCGAAUCGGAAAACGGGCUCGCUGGGAACAAGGGGGCGCAUGUGCAACAGCACGGCCAUGGACAUCAGCGGCUGUGACUUGCUGUGCUGCGAGCGAGGCUACAGGGAGGAGACGGUGGUGUUUGAGGAGAACUGCCUGUGCCGCUUCCAUUGGUGUUGCGUUGUCCAGUGUAAAAAGUGCAUGGUGCGAAAAGAGCUUAGUCUGUGUCACUGAUGAACUGAGGUAAAAAGUAUUCAUAUAUGUUAAUUAUAACCACUUCUGUUACUUUUUAGGUUUUUGCUUUUGUAUUGUUGAUGUGAAAGAAGGAAAGGAUGUAGACUUCCAUGGUUAUCCAUUUUAUAUUUUUUUACAGCCAAAUAACAUAUGUGACACCUUUCAUUUGACAUUUAAAACAUUGUUGUUGGAGUUUUAUGAGUUCUGAACAAAUUGAAAACCUUCUAAACUACCUACUAUCUGUUUUGUUUUGUUUUUUCAGUUAUUUUUUGUCCACGGACCAAAGAAUGUUUUCUUCCAUUAAAUAAAGGGUAGAAUACAUGGAGGGUCUAUUAUUGACUAGCUAGGCAAGUUUAAUGACUGGUUCACAUGGUGAGAUUUUCAAAUCUCAGAGACUCCUCUUAGGUAAUAACAGGUUUGGACCUACAUUGUGUGGCAUACUACAACACACAGACUUCACUCACAAACAUUCAGAUGUCAGAUGGAAAAUUCCGCAAAACAUGAAACAUUGCUGACUGGGAAGAACCAAUGGCAGUAGUUUAAGGAUUACGUUUAGCAAAAAAAACAAAAAACAGUAGUAUCUCCAACUUCUGCCUGUCUUUCUGGUGUACUGUGGCAGCUUUGUCUUCUGUAUUCUGACUCCUCCUCCAUGUUUCUGUCAACUUGCUUUCUGAUUAGUUACAUGUCACAUUCAACAGGCUGCUUAUCCACGGGGAACACCCUACAUCACAAGUUAGAACAUUGGGCCAAGACAAUCCAACAUGUUGAAUAUCCCAGAUUUGAGGUCAAUGCAGUCCUGAUGUCCUUCCAAGCAGUCUAGAUCACUCUUAACACACCACACAUUGCAGAAAUAUCUCAUAAUAUUAUCUCCAGAGUCACCACAAUAUCCAGAGUCUUUAAGAUUGUCAAAAGGUGAAAGAUCAGGGCAAAAAAUUUGCAUUCAUAUCUUCCUGUGUGAACCAGGCUCAAGUCUCCUCCCUCCACAACAUUUAUAACAGAGCUCAGUGUAGCUGUCAAACCAAAGAGGUGUCCGGAUCAGUAAAAGUAUUUCUCUGAUGUAUUCAAUACAAAAUGGCAACGAACCACACCAGUUAUGCUAUAAACCUGCAAGGUUGUAGAGAGUAUGUUUUGUACUGUUUGUUAUUUAAAUUUCUUCAAAGACAUUGUGGUCUAUUUUCAAUAUGCUGUAGGAUAAUCAAAACAUAAAGCAUUAUGGAUAUUAAUGUCAACAUUCAAGUACUUUGUUUCAUUUUAAUAUAUGUGUUGAUGGAAUUACUGGUAUUACCAUUGUAGUAAUUUUUUUUGUCUUCUAUAAAUCACAAGUAACAAGAAAAACUCACACUUGACAGUUGAAAACUACAUUUAUCUGAUUUUUUUAAUGUUUGGAUUAUGUUUUUUAUCUUUAAAUAUUUGCAGUGCAAAGGUAUUCACAGCCCUUGAACUUUUACACUUUUGAUAAUUUUAAAAACUCUGACUUCAUGUAUUAUGAUAGAGAUUUUAUGUGCUAGACCAACACAUAUUAGCGCAUAUUUGGAUAAAAGGUAUGAAAAUUAUGCAUUUUCAUUUUUUUUUUUUAUUUUUUCACAAAUACAAGCGCUAUUUGUGUGAAGUGCAUUUCUAUUUACCCUCCUUUACUCUGAUACCUCUAAAUAAAGUUCAAUUCAGAAUCUCUGGCAAUAUUUUGCUGUUAACAGUUUCCAAUCUGACUGAGAUUGAGCUAUUACAAAAAGUAAGCAAAAAACUCAGAUCCAGAUGUGCACAACUAUUAGAUAUACCUCAAAACCAAGAUGAUUUAAGCUGUAAAUAUAAUGAUAAAGGGUUCUUAAAUGCAUGACAUUUUUUCAGAUUUCAAUAUGUUUUGCUUUCCAUCCUUUUUCAACUCUUCAACUUGAAGUGUCUUUGUGUUGGUCUGUUGCAUAAAAUCCCCCAAAACGCAUUUUGGACUCUGUGGCUAUAACACAACAAAAUGUGGAGAAAUUCAAGAAACAUAAGACAAGAACAAUUUUCUUUUACCUACAGCAAGAGUUUCUUCAAAAGACAAAGGAAAGACCAAUCGAAUCCUAUCUAAACAUGUUAAAACAUUCUUAAAAACAUCUACAGAUAUGUACAUAUGGCAGGAAAGUGGUUGGGGUUAAUCGAAUGGGCUAACCAAGUCUGAUUUUCAACAUUGUUUGUUUUUAAGGCUUUAUGGACUAGAAAAGUAAAGUUUUUGACACAUUUCUCCUGCAAGGACUGAUCAACCUUAAGUAGACCAAACAAGUGCAUGAUUCAGGAUCACAACAGAAAUUUGUAUAAUUCUCCUGCAUAUUUUGGCUGGAAAUCAAAUGAAAAAACUGUCACCUACAACUCACUCAUUACAUUUACAAAAACAUGUAAAAUUGGUGGUUUCCUCAGUAGUAAAAGCAGAGCCCUUAUUUUCAUUAUCUUGUGGCAUCAAGAAAUCAUUUCCGUUGGUUAUUUUUCAUUUGAUUCUUAUACAGAGCUAUUAAAAUAAUGCACUUUGGUUGUUAGCUGUUUUGUGAGACUUUGCCUAAUGUAUGUGUGUCUAUAUGCUUAUGUGUGAGAAUUUGUACUGAAAAACCUACCCACGAUUAUAAAAGUUGGCCAGUUAUGAGCAUAACCUUCUGUGUAGAUAAAGAAUGUGAUAGUCACUAAAAACACACCUCCCAUACAGAACAGGACACUUUUAAUCUCUGAUUGUUUCAUUAGAAGAGUGAUUCUCAUAAACCUAUUAUGUCAUGUUAUUUAGACUUUCAUGGUCUAUUACGUACACAAUGUAAUGUAUAAUGAACCCAUUGUUUCAGCUUGUUUUAUAAAGGGUUUUUAAAGUUGGUGUGAAUAUUUCAUAUUAUUUUGCCAUUAAUUAGUCAGUGACCUCUGUGUUUUCUUCUCAUUGGUUGUGCAUUAUGACUCAUAUUUGAAUGAUGGUUUGAAGCUAUAUUGUUAGAAUCACACAAAACCAUUUUGGAGGGCCAAAAGUGAUUAGCUUUGUUACAAACGAUUGAUUAUCCUGCUAUUAAAGUCUAUUUUGUCAA